UACGUACACAAACCCACCAGUACUCCGCGCGGCGGCACUCGGGGUGCGCGUGUCGCCUUCCAAACACUCACAUUAACACACUGACGCGCCACAACUGCAUUGUGCAUUUGCGACAACAAUAGCUAUUUGCUAACCUGAAAGUGAAACAUUGCCGGCGUUCCGGUGCCCUCACGUAAAUGCUUGUUCCCGUCCGCGAGGAGAAAAAUAAACAUAGCACUUCGGUGUGUCAAUUGUUUCAGACGUGGCUCCCGACAGCGGCCCCCCGCCGCGCGCCCCCGCCUGUACAUUAUAAUCUGUGGAUUCUGUGAUGCUGACACGAACAGAGCCCUACAGGAAACUGCGUCCUAGAGGGCGACGGAGGACGUUACCGUCUACUAAGUAAUAGAUAGUUCCUAAGUGUAAAGUGUUUCGUUGCCAAAAUGAUGGGCAACCGGAGAAACUUAGUGUUUAGAGUGAGCAUCGUGAUCAACAUCGCGGUGCUACUGUACGCAGCCAUGCACCUCUCUGGCACCACGAGCAACGGAAUAGACUGGAUGCCGGUUGCCGUGGACGGGCAGGAGCCCGCGCGCAGCGCCGAGGUGCGGUACCUCUACGAGCGACGACCUGAGGCCCGCAACGAGACGGAAACUAGACCUGAACCGCUUCUCAAAGCUUACGAUGAAACCACCUCUCAGAAGACACCGUCCACUGUGGCCACUACCAACAAGACUGCUUCGAGCACGGCAUCUGUUGUGGUUCCAUCGGAGUCUGAAAUAACCAGCGAUGGUCUGGACAUAGUCGACGAGAACGCUUUAUCCGAGGCUACACUGCAGCGCCUGCGCUCUCUGCUGAACUGUAAUGAGAGGGACUUCUUGCCGGUGACCUACCAGCGGGGAGAGUUCUGGGUGCUGAAGAACUACGUGCGCGCUGACGAGGGCAACGUGCUCUGUCACGAAUCCAUCACCUACACCACGCACGCAGGCUUUGAAUUCCUCGACAACGUCCUGCCACUCGUCGAAAGAUGGAUGGCGCCUGUGAGCUUAGCCAUCCACGCGCCGGGCGCCGACCUGUCGCCCACGGUGAACAGCAUCAGGUACCUCCGGGACUGCACCGGCAACGACCUCGUCCGCUCCUACGUCACCUUCCACGUAUUCUUCUCACACAAGCAUAUACCGAGCACGAUACCAGACCCCGAGAGCUUCCUAAAUACUCCAUACAACUGCAGCAGCAACCCGCCGUAUGUAGUGACCAACUCGACGUACAUGAAGCAGAAAAGCUUGCUCUACCCCGUGAAUGUAGCUCGCAACAUCGCGCGAGACUCGGCGCUCACGCACUACGUACUGCCAUCGGACAUCGAGUUGUAUCCUAGCCCUAAUCUGGUCCCGCGGUUCCUGAACAUGAUAGCGAGAAACGCAAAACCUCUGAACACUUCAACUAAACCGAGGGUCUUCCCAAUCAGCAUAUUUGAAGUCGAUGCCAAAGUCAAAGUGCCAUCAACCAAAACUGAGCUCCAAGAGAUGUUGAAGAAGAAGAAAGCCAUUCCAUUCCACAAAUUUGUUUGCCCGACCUGCCACAAUAUACCUCAAGCGCAGCAGUGGAUGUCUGCUAGUGAAACAACCCAAAUGGAGGUGUUCCACGUAGGCAAAAGAAAAGGCAAGUUCGUUAUCUGGGAGCCUAUCUUCAUCGGCACUCACCAAGACCCUUACUACGAUGAGCGGCUAAGCUGGGAGGGCAAAAAGGACAAAAUGACGCAGGGUUACAUUUUAUGUGUUAAAGACUACGAUUUUAUGAUCCUCAACAACGCGUUCCUCAUCCACAAGCCCGGGAUCAAGUACUAUGUGAAGAAUGCCAAGCGAGACGCUAUCGUGGCUCGGCAGAACCACUUCGUGAGGCAGGUCAUCACGCCCGAGCUCAAGAGGCUCUUCGGCACCAGGGAUGGCUGUGCGAUGUGACCAAUAAAAUAUGACCACGUCUGUGUCACAUGAAAAUAAUGAUGAACGCAAUUUCUGUGUCUUGAUAACAACAGUCAGUCGUUAUUUAACGACACGAUGCUAGUUCAUUUACUUGUAGCCUUAUAAGCCAGCUAAAAGCGAGGGAGUCGAGUGAAAAAAUCUACCAAAAAAAUGCGCGUGCGCCUUUGGCAACUCAUCUCUGCUGCAUUAUUCAUCUGAAAAGUAAACGUAAAUAAUAUACAAUACAUCACUUCAACUUUUUUGGAGUUGAAUGCUGUCGCGUUUAUGUUAUUGCUAAUGAUUAUAACUUGUCGAACGUAUGCAUUGUUCUGUGUACGGAAAAGAAAAAAUGUGAAGUAUAAAAUAAAGGAAAGUGGAAAUUACAUAUCAACAACUGCUCUUGAGGAUGUAAGUUAAAAUUCAAAAGUGCAGAAAAACCACCUUUGUCUACUUAUUUGCGUAAAGUAUUUCGAAAUUUUAAAAAAGUUUGUACAUGUAAUUGCUGCAUAUUACCUAUGUUCUCUAUCAAUAAUAACAACUAAAGAGUAAAAAGCACUGUUAGCACACAUACUUUUUUUAGACACGUCUUUAUUAAAAAUGGAUGUUAAAAGAAGGAAAAAUAGGUAAAAUUUUUUCCCAACUUACGAACUGACAAAUAGUCCAAAGGCCUAUAAAGCUAAAAAGUAUAAAUAUAGGUAGAACACUAUAAAGGAUCGAUAUUUUUCUAAACGAAUUUUGUACUUUGUGUCUUCAUGAGCUCUUAUAUACAUGCCCUUUUGUAGAUAUGUAGGUAUCUAAGAUAUUUAGUAGCUUCAGUUCGACUGAAACAAGCGAAAGUCUCCGUCUACCGAAGUACAUUAGGUAUAUAUUUAAGACCAUCGAAUUUUAUUUGAUGCUCUUAUUAUAUCUAGGUACUAAUCUAUAAAUCAAUACUCGUACUAUUGAUUUGGUUGAUUUGAUAGUUGAACCUAUCUGCAACCGUAUUUUUUAUCAUUUCGUCGGGUGAGAAUACGUUUGUGCCAUACGCCACUUACAUGGUUUGCAGGAGAGCGAAAAGAAGCAAAAAAAAUAUUUUUCGGUAAGUUUUACAUUUAGGAAAUAUUGAACUUAUAUAUCAUUUAGGCAUAUAUGUUUACUAUUUAUAGUACCAAACAAAUAUUGUGAAUACAGUGGUAAUCAUGAAAUAAAAGCAUUUUUAUUUUUGCCAUAUCCGUUUUGAUGAGUAAAUGUUAAACGUAUAAUGUAUGACAUGACACAAAAAUUGUGGAUAUGUCACACUUUUGUCAUAAUUUUCUGUU